AUGGCUGAGGCUUGGUCGGAAGGCGAUGUGAUGUCCCCUGCCAAUACUGCGCAGAUGCGGGAGGCUGAAGGAGUGAAUGCACCGACCGUCGAGGAAGAGGAGAAGGCGGAAGGCGACAAGGCGUCCGUCGCGAAGCCCAAAGCGAAGGCCAAAGCCAAGGCCAAGGCCAAAGCUAAAGCCAAGGCCAAAGCGAAAGCAAAGGCCAAGGCGAAGGCAAAGGCCAAGGGCAAGGCCAAAGGAAAAGCAAAGGCGAAGGCUAAGGCAAAAGCAAAGGCGAAGAGCAAAGCCAAGGAGCCUGCUGAAGAACAGGACAAGCCUGCUGACGAGGCGACGAAGCCAAAGCCGAAAGGAAAGCCACUGAGUUUGAAGGCGAAGGUGACCCAACUGCUGGAGGGACGGGGCAUCGAUGAGGUGUUGACCGAGAUCCAAGAGCAGCUGGCGGCAUGCAAGGCGGCAGUGGAGGAGGCUCAAGGCAAGGAGCAGCAGCUGAACCAGGAGGAGGAAGAGGCCCAACAUGCCAUCAGCCAGGCCUCCCAGAGGGUGGAGGAAGCGGUUGCUCGCGAGGCGGUUGCGGUCGAAAAGCUGAAGGCUGCAAAACUCGCAAAAGCUGAGGCUGCAGCCGAGACCCACAAGGCAUCUGCCGGCCGAGGUGAUAUCGAAAAGACGGUGAAGAUUCUGGAGCUGCACACGGAGGGCAAUCAGAAGGUGCAGGAGCUCCAGCAAGCGAAGAAGAACGCCGCCGAGGCCGCUGAGGCCGCGAAGAAGGCUGCCGAAGAGGCGAAGAAGAAGGAGAAGGAGUUGCUGGAGGCUUCAAAAGUAGCUCUCCAGGAGCAGAAAGAAAAGGCGGUGGAGACACUGAGGGAAAUGAAGACGAGCCACACGUCAGAGCAGAAGGAGGCAAUGAAGGAGACCAAGGCGCAAGAGAAGCAAGAGAAGAAGGCAUUGAUGGCUGAGCUGGCCAAGAUCGAGAAGAUGCGCGCUGAGCGCGAGAAGGAUCGCUUGCACAAGCUGAAGCAGGCGAAAGGGAAAAGCAAGGGAAAGCGGUCGGCGGCCGAAGCUGGGCUUCCAACCAAGGAGCCGGAGAUUCGUGACAUCGACUGA